UUCUCCCCUCCUCCCUUCAGCUCGUCCCUCCCUCCUCUUCCUUUUUCUUUCUCAUCCCCGCUUACCCACCUCCUCUCACACCUCAUCCUUUCUUCUAAUUCCAGAAGAAGGCCCAGGAAGAGGUCUUUGUUUAAACUGCUACAGCUCUUCAGACCCCUAAUACCCCUCCCCCCGCCUCAAGAUGGUUCAGUCAUCGGUUCUGGGCUUCCCGCGUAUGGGAGUCCUUCGGGACCUCAAGAAGGCUAACGAGGCCUACUGGGCCGACAAGAUUUCCCAAGAUGACCUCCUCGCUGAGGCCAAGAGGCUCCGUCUCGCCCACUGGAAGAUCCAGAAGGAUGCCGGUGUCGACAUCAUCCCCUCCAAUGACUUUGCAUUCUACGACCACGUCCUCGACCACAUCCAGCUUUUCAAUGCCGUCCCCGAACGGUACACCAAGCAGAAGCUGUCGCCACUCGAUGAGUACUUCGCCAUGGGCCGUGGCCACCAAAAGGGCGGUGUGGACGUCCCUGCCCUUGAGAUGGUCAAGUGGUUCGACUCGAACUACCACUAUGUCAAACCCACGCUCCAGGAUAACCAGACCUUCUCCCUUGCCAAGGACCCGAAGCCCGUCCGGGAGUUCCUCGAGGCGAAGGAGGCCGGCUUCCAGACCCGCCCUGUCCUGCUCGGUCCUGUCUCCUUCCUUGCCCUCGGCAAGGCUGACCGUGGCUCUUCUGUCGACCCCAUCACUCUCCUUGACAAGCUUGUGCCUGUCUACAUCGAGCUCCUGAAGGCCCUCAAGGCUGCUGGCGCCGAGAGCGUCCAGAUCGACGAGCCUGUCCUCGUCUUCGAUCUCCGUGACGAGAUCAAGAAGGCCUUCAAGCCUGCCUACGAGGCCAUCGGCGCCCAGGGCAGCGCUCUUCCGUCCAUCAUCGUCGCCACUUACUUCGGUGACAUCGUCCACAACUUUGACGUCCUCCCGGCGUUUGCCAACCUUCAGGGCCUCCACGUCGACCUCGUCCGCAACCCCGAGCAGCUUGAGCCUGUUAUCAAGCAGCUCGGCCCCAAGCAGAUCCUAUCUGCCGGUGUUGUUGACGGCAGGAACAUCUGGAAGAACGAUUUCCAGAAGUCCCUCGCCCUCCUGCAGACCGCCGUCAAGGCGCUUGGUCCUGACCGCGUCAUUGUUGCCACCUCCAGCUCCCUCCUCCAUACCCCCCACACCCUCGCCAGCGAGAAGAAGCUUCCCGCUGAUGUCUACGAGUGGUUCUCCUUUGCCUGCGAGAAGGUCAAGGAGGUUGCCAUCCUCGCCAAGGCUGUGACUGACCCUGAGUCUGUCCGCUCGGAGCUUGAUGCCAACGCUGCCGCCAUGAAGUCGCGCGCCGAGUCGACCCGCACCAAUGACCCCAAGGUCAAGGAGCGCCAGGCUCAGGUGACGGAUGAGAUGCACAACCGCAAGUCUCCUUUCGAUACUCGGUAUGCUCAGCAGAAGAAGCACUUGAGCCUUCCCCUGUUCCCUACCACCACCAUCGGAUCUUUCCCUCAGACUAGCGAGAUCCGUGUGCAGCGGAACAAGUUCACCAAGGGUGAGAUCACCGAGCAGCAAUACGACGACUUCAUCAAGAAGGAGAUCGACCUUGCCAUCCAGAUUCAGGAUGAGCUCGGCCUUGACGUCUAUGUCCACGGCGAGCCUGAGCGUAACGACAUGGUCCAGUACUUUGGCGAGCGCCUCCAGGGCUACGUCUUCACUACGCACGCGUGGGUGCAGUCCUACGGCUCUCGCUGCGUCCGUCCCCCCAUCAUUGUCGGCGAUAUCUCCCGCCCGGCUCCCAUGACCGUCAAGGAGUCCAAGUAUGCUGCCUCGGUCUCCAAGAAGCCCAUGAAGGGCAUGCUUACUGGUCCCGUGACGUGCCUGCGGUGGUCCUUCCCCCGCGUCGACGUCCACCAGUCCGUCCAGUGCCAGCAGCUCGCUUUGGCGCUCCGUGACGAGGUUGUCGACCUCGAGAAGAACGGCAUCUUCGUCAUCCAGGUCGACGAGCCUGCCCUCCGUGAGGGUCUUCCUCUGCGGAAGGGCUCUGAGCGCGACGCAUACCUCAAGUGGGCCGUCAACAGCUUCAAGCUGGCCACCGCCGGCGUCGAGGACUCGACGCAGAUCCACUCCCACUUCUGCUACUCGGAGUUCCAGGACUUCUUCCACGCCAUUGCUGCGCUGGAUGCCGAUGUUCUGUCCAUCGAGAACUCCAAGUCCGAUGCCAAGCUCCUCAAGGUUUUCGUCGACGAGGCCUACCCCCGCCACAUCGGCCCUGGCGUCUAUGAUAUCCACAGCCCUCGUGUUCCUCCCCUCGAGGAGUUCAAGCAGCGCAUCCAGGAGAUGCUCCCGUAUCUCCGCCCUGAGCAACUCUGGAUCAACCCCGACUGCGGUCUCAAGACGCGCAAGUGGGAUGAGGUCAAGGGCGCGCUCACCCACAUGGUGAAUGCUGCCAAGUACUUCCGUGAGCAGUACACCAAGGCCUAAAUUGCCUCGGCGCAAAGCUCACAUGGCCUUCGUCGCUUUUAACGAUUGCCGAAAACAAUGCUUUUCCGGAUUUCUUUUCAACAGCAUGAUUCAGCAUUUCGGGGUCUUCUAGCGGGUUAUAAAAUGGGAUAACGAUAGAUGAUACCCCGAUCGCGCCAUUCUCAACUCGGCGUUGGUAGGUCAAAAACAA